AUGUCCUUCAAAAUUAACGACUACAAUGCUUUUCUAACUUCACUCUUUGAUAAAAACAAUAACCAACAACAAAGACUCCAGCCUGGAGGAUUUGUCGGCCAACCACCCCAACAAACAGGCUCACAAUUACAAAAUCCUACACAUCUGAACCAAUCAUUCGGUGAGAGUGCUGCAGGCUUAGAAGAUGCCAAUGGUUCAUUUCCCGUAGACUUUGAAUUUGGAUUAAUCCCACCACCUCAACAACAACAAGUGCCAAGUCAUCAAUCUUCAUUAUCAUCUGAUGAUUCUUCCCCCAAUUCAGCCUAUAACAACCGUUCGAAAUCUAUAAAUUAUCCUAUAAUCAACCAACAAUCUCCCCAAAAUAAUGCUCAACCACAACAAUCACAUCAUUCACAACAUUCGCAACUUCAGAAUGAAUAUAUUCCAGAAAUGAGUCCAGCUCAUACCAACAAAUCAUAUAGUCCUCCAAAUAAUGGAAAUGCAGCAGCACAUCAACAAGAUGGCUUAUUUCCUAUUACGUAUAUAAAUACGUACAACUCUAGCGAAUUGGCAUCUCCUUUAAAUGUUAACAAUGCCAGAAAUAAUGUAAAUACAAUUACAACCACUGCUAAUGCUAAUAGUUCAAACAGUACCCCAAAUAAUGAUAUAUUUAUAAAAAAUGAAUCUUUAUAUCAACAACAUUUAAUUCAACAGCAGCAACAACAGCAACAGCAGCAGCAACAACAACAACAACAAAUGUUUAUAAAACAAGAAGAAGAUUCUACCAGUUUAUCUCCAUUGUCAAGUAACCAAUCUCCUUGGAGUAAUACACAAGUAUACCAACCAGGACAAUUUCAACCGAUCCCCCCUCCAAUGCAACCAAUAUUGAAUAAAACAAAGAGUAAUAACAUCAAUAGUAGAAAAAAGUCAUCUUAUAGCGGAUUUGAUGAAUCAUCACCAUCUUCAUCUGCUACUACUUUACAAAAUGGGGGAGGACCAGGUCGUCCAAGAGUUAAAUCUGCUCAUAAUGUAAUUGAGCAAAGAUAUAGAAAUAAAAUUAAUGAUAAAUUCACAGCACUACAAGAACUGGUACCUACAUUAAGAAUCUUAGCUAGAAGAAAGCAAAGACAAAUGUUAAAACAAGAUAAUGGAGGUAACGAAGAAGAGAUGGAUUCAAGUGAAGAAGAUAAUGAAAAUUUUAAUAUGAAUUCCGGUGGACUCUACGAGGAGGCGGGUGAUGAUAUUAUUGAUUUAGAAGGUUUAGAACCAGCUAGAAAACUAAACAAGGGAACCAUAUUGGCCAAGUCUAUCGAAUACAUCAAAUUCUUAGAGAUGAAAAAUGAUAAGAUGAGACUGGAAAAUAGUCAACUUGUGACUAAGGCCCGUAUGUUAGGACUCCUGUUAGAUAACGAUUUGAUUAAUGACGAAAAGAGAAGAUGA